AUGGCAGGGGUGCCACAGAAGACACUCGGCUGGCUGUAUAAUGUCUUGAAGCGCGAAUACCACGACCCGAAUCGCACAUAUUCCGACCUUGCCCAUGUCCUCGCCCGCAAUCCAGGACUUGCUCCGCGGACAGAUGUCUACACGUUCGAGAAUGGAACGGCCGCACUCCUAGUCCACUUCCAGGGCACCGUCCCCGUCGACUUCAGAGGAAGCCCGUACCGGAUUCCUAUUUCGCUAUGGAUACCGCAUGCGUACCCAUAUGAGCCGCCCAUCUGCUAUGUCACGCCGACGGAGGAGAUGGUCAUUCGACCAGGGCAGCAUGUAGGCGGAGAUGGCAAGAUAUAUCAUCCCUAUCUCGCACACUGGAGGGAGACUUGGGCGAGGUGCAAUGUCGUCGAUUUCCUGUCGAUAUUGGCAGACAUCUUUGGAAGGGAGCCGCCUGUCAUGUCGAGGACCUCUCAGGACCAACAAAGACCCGUUCAACCAACACCCCCUCCAGUCCCUCCUCUACCGAGGGAGAUACAACAUCAACAACAUCCGCCUCACCCAAACAUGCCUGUCCUCAGUUCUCCCGUACAGACAGGAGGCCCUACACCACCGCCGCCGCCGCCACCACCUAAACAGCCAGCUCAAGGUAUUCCCAACCCGAGUCCAACAAGUCCAGGCUCUGCAUAUCAGAGACCUGGGCGCUACGAUGCUCCGCCUCCUGUGUCACAGCAGCCUUAUGGCAAUGGAAAUCUGAGCGGCAUGAAUUACUUGCCCCAACGGAGUAGUAGUUUAAGACAGUCGAUUCCUCCACCACGCCGGCAACCGCAGCCGUAUGACCGACAAGCGCAGCAGCAAAUGCCGUCGUUAUAUCAACCAGGACGGCCGGGAGAAGCACAACAGUAUCCGCCUAAUCAGCCUAAUCAGCCUCCGCAAGUCCCAGGUCCGAGCCGAUCACUAGGUCAAGGCUACGAGCAAGGCUGGCCCCAAGGGCAAACGUCGCUGGAGAGGCCUGUAUCGCAGCACUAUCCACCAGGUCAAGCUCCGGCACCGCCACGACAGCCACAAAACGCACGUCCAUACCCUUUUCCAGCUCCCCAUGUUCAAACACAAGCUCAACCGCCAUACCAACACCAGCAGCAGCAACAGCAACACCCACAACCCGUCAAACCCCCUCCACCGCCAACACCCGACCUCCUCGACUCACCAUUCGACAUUGCUCUCCCGACAGCGACGGGGCCUGGGGCUUCGCAAACAAGCAACAUUCCUGCACCGCCGAUCCCUCGGAAUCCCGAGAAAGACGCGCUCCUAACUCACCUCUCGCACCAGAUCACACAGUCAUUACAUUCGCAAAUCGAGCAAUCCGGCGCGGCAUUGGGCCCGUUAUCUUCGCAGCAUGUCGCCAUGCAAUCGACACUGCAAACCCUGACGGCGGAAUUGAACAACCUGCAAUCUCUCCACUCGACGCUGUCGUCGAACAUUUCACUGCUGUCGACAUCUCUCUCGAAAUCCGACGGCGUCAUUGCCUCGGCCCGGAAGCGUGCCCAGCAGAACGAUAUCCCACUUGUGGACGAGAUGCUGGUCCCGCCAACGGUGGUGGCGCGGCAGCUAUACGACGCGGCGUGUGAGGAGAGGGGCAUCGAGGCCGCCAUCCUCGCCCUGCAGGAAGCCUUUGUGCGUGGUCGGGUUGCCGGCGACGUGUGGGCCAGGCGGACGAGGGACCUGGCAAGGGAAGAAUUCAAGCGGAGAUGGAUAGAGAGGAAGGUGGCGACGGGCAUGGGUUUGGAUUUGACCGUGUACUCGCAGGAGUGA